UACUGGCAAAUUGUUCAGGAUGCCCGAUCACUAGGGGGUCUCCUGGGAAUUGAUCUUGGAUUUGGGAUUUUCUCUUGAUCAUGUAAUGAAACUAGGUCCACAUUUUCUCCAAGAAACAAAUUCAGCAGGCAGCUCCUUUUGGGGCCUAAGCACUGGAGACACUCCUAGAAGUUUCUGGAAAUCUUUACUGUUGGCCCUGAGAGACCUCUACCUCUCGUCCUGCGCGCUAUACAGAAACUUCCCGUAGAGGCACCGUGGGUCACCGUUGGUGGAUCUGUUGUAUGCUUCUUGUGCCUCCAACAUGUCAAGGCCACUCCAGCCUGUAAGUCACUCGGACCCAGGGAGGCUUGCCAAUAGCCAAACCAAAGAGGCCUGUGAGGCUAAGCCGCCAGAAGCCAGGCACCUAUCACAUCUAUCGGCUCGGGAAAAUGUCCCAGUGGCUUGUUUUGAUCCACCUCUUGAAAUGGAUCCUACAGGGAACCCAAUCAUACACAACACAAAGGCAGCCGACCCAGUCCAUCCUGACCUUGCCAGCAUGUUGGUGAAAAACAAGACUCUUUUAGCUGAGCUGAGAAAUCUUCAAAGCAAGCUAUAUGUGAAAGAAACGUCUUUGCAGGAGGUGAAGACUGAGCUAGAGAGUUACAAAGAAAGGAAUGCCCAGCAGGAGCUACAGAUAAUGUCCCUGAGAGAUGACAUCAAGAACCUUCAGGACCUUAUUGAUUCUCUAAUGAAGAUGAAGAUUUUGAAAAACACAAAUUCUCAGAAUUUUGGAAGACACAACUGGGAUCUAACUGAGAGAGUUCUAGACCUAGAGAACCGUCUAAGGAAACAUCUGGUGGGAAGAGAGCCCUUGGAGAUUAAGGCGGAGCUUCUGGAGAAAAGGCGGUCCUGCCCCAGCAGCUUCUCACCCUAUAUGAAUCUGAAAGGACCGGAAGAUUCCUUGGAUAUUUUCCCAGUGAAGGACAAUGAUGAAGUCUACAACUUGAAGAGAGGCAGUGUUGUUUACUCUGAGGGACCAAUUGGUGGGCAAACUACUGGUGAUAAAUGUCAGCAAGAUUUGAUCCACCAAGAAAAGCUAACGUCUGAGUUGGACAGAGCUCUGUUUUCCUGCGGCUGGGAAACCACACCUGAGCAAUCCCAUCACCAGGAUUUCCUCGGACAGUUGGCUACUCUCCUGAGUGACAGCAUCGGCCCCAUACUAGCCACAGAAGAAGCGGUGAAAGAGAGGAUCCAGGAAAUGGGUGCAAACGAACAGUCAUGGAAAUGUAAAGCUGAAGCCCUGCAGCAGGAAAUCCAGACGCUCACCAAGAGGCUUAAGCAGCUCUACCACCUUUAUGAAGAAGCCCAGACUGAAGAAAAUUACACGGAACAGAGAAGACCCUUGGGAUCCCUGGAAGGAAAGGUUGCUGCCAGCUGCUCUCUGAGGAACUUAGAUGUGGGCAGGAAGAAAGAAAACUCCAGGACCCGGACUGCCCACAUAGAUAAACACAGCAAGUUCAAAAAGUUAGAGAUGUUAUUGGGUAUUGAGCAGAAUUCCGAGAUGGCUGCAGCCCCAAGGAUGGAGGAGAAAAUCCAGAGACUUCAGAAGCAGCUUAGUGAUUUGAAAUUGUCAAACAAAAACAUGAAGACUCAACUGACGAGAAUAAAUGUCCUUAAAGACAAAACAAUUGAGAGGCUCAGGCAAUCCGUAACAAAAGUUGAAACCUUGAAAGAGAAGACAGCAGCCAAAACAGACAACUUGAAAACCCCAUCAGAUCCUGCGGAGCAGGAAGCAAGACCAGAAAAGGAGAGGGCCCACCAGACCCCAGCCCAGAGCCUUCCGGACCCUUCCACAGUCAAGGCUGUGCUGAAAGAGCUCUCAGGACGAGAGCAAGAGCUUGCUGACUUCCGGGAAGCCAUCAUGAAGAUGCUGGGAUUUAACAUGAAAACAGCAGACAAGGAUGUCCUUAAUCAGCUGAAGCUUGUCGUCCAAAUUUAUGAAAUUUCUAAAAGAUCAAAGAUGGCUUCUCACUGUGAGCCUGGUCAGGCCAAGUGAGCAAGUUCUACCUCUAUAUGCGGUUAUAUACAGCUGUUUCCUACAGCACCCAGAAUCUAGCUACAUUGUGAAUAAAAUUGCAACGUUUCAACU